AUGGCUCGAAAACUAGUUACCGUACGGCGAAUCGGUGCUAUCAAACCAAUCAAAGGAGCAGAUAGGAUCGAAGUGGCUGUGGUAGACGGGUGGAAUUGCAUAGUGAAGAAAGGAGUGUUUAGUGAAGGCCAUCUUGGAGUUUUCUUUGAAAUCGACAGCUUCCUUCCCAGUACCGACCUAAGAUGGUCGUUCCUAGAAAAGAGCUUCACUAAUUGGAUAAAUGGUCUCACGGGUUUCCGAGUAAAGAGCACCAAAAUGAGAGGUCAGAUAUCUCAGGGGCUGCUUGAGCCUCUUGAUAUGUUUCCCGAGAUCGGCUCGGUCCUUAAAGAGCUCGAAGACAAGCACGGCAAGGAUGCAGUAGAAAGGCUGGUUCGGGAUAUGUCCUUCGAAGACGGAUUGAAAGUGGUAAAAUGGGAGCCCAUGGAUAGCACUUCAGGACGAGGCAAUGGGAAUGCACUGAACACAACGGUGCCCUUCCCGGCUUUUCUCAAUAGAACAGAUCAGGAGCGGGCACAGAAUCUUCCACGCAUGUUCGAUGAGUGGACAAAUGAGAUGUUCCAGGAGACAACCAAGAUGGACGGUUCUUCCAUGACUGUCUACUUCCUGCGUAAGGACUCUGACAAGACACAGCUACUUCCAGAACUGGGCACUAGUCCGGAGCAAACUACGACUCUCCCGGGCGGCCGCUUCGGUGUGUGUUCCCGACACGUAGAUCUGGGAGAGCACGAUGCUAAUGGCCGGCGGUUCUGGGAGGUCGCCAAAAGGAACAACUUUGCCACAAAACUUUCGGAACUGAAUCGCAACAUUGCAUUGCAGGGCGAGCUUUGCGGCGAUUCCAUUCAAAGAAAUUUCGAAAGCUUUCCAAAGAACUUCCAUGACUUCUUUCUCUUCUCGGUUUGGGAUAUUGACGAGCAGAAGUAUUUGAAACCCAAAGAAGCAGAAGUCAUGGCAACCAAGCUCGGAGUAAGGCAUGUCCCGGUGCAUGGGUAUUUCUAUCUUCGUGAUAUCGCAACGAGCGUCGACGAAUUGCUUUCCAGGGCCGAGGGGAAGGGCCUACGCGGAAAGAAGAGAGAGGGGAUUGUUUUAAAGCAUAGUGAUGGAGGCAUCAGCUUCAAGGUGAUAUCGAACUCAUACCUCUUGAAGCACGGCGAAUAA